CCGGGCCAUGGAGCUCAUCGAGCUGCGGGAGCUGCAGCCGGAGCCGCGCCCGGGCCGGGGCCGCCUGGAGCGGACCAACGCGUUGCGCAUCAGCCCGGCCCGGCGGCCCGGCCCCGGAGCGCACCCAGACCCGCGGCUGACGGCAGCGCCGGGCGCCGGGCACCGCUUCGAGCCGCGGCGCCGCGGGCUCCACACCUGGUGCGACCUCUGCGGGGACUUCGUCUGGGGCGGCGGCAGGAAGAGCCUCCAGUGCCGCCACUGCAGCUUCACCUGCCACUACCGGUGCCGGGCCCUGGUGCGGCUGGACUGCAGCGGCCCCCCGGGUGCUGGCGACGAGGACGAUGGCAACGAGCAGGCGCUGGAGAAGGACACCAAUGUGGAUGAGCCCAGCGAGUGGGAGAAGGCAGAGUUGGACCAGGCGCAGGUGGAGCAGCGGAUCAAGGAGUACAACAGCCAGAUCAACAGCAACCUCUUCAUGAGCCUGAACAAGGACGGUUCCUACACUGGCUUCAUCAAGGUGCAGCUGAAGCUGGUGCGCCCCGUCUCGGUGCCAGCCACCAAGCGGGUCCCCUCGCUGCAGACGGGGCGGUCGGGGCCGCACACGCAGGGGGUGAAGCGCCGCACGUCCUUCUACCUGCCCAAGGGCACUGUGAAGCACCUGCACAUCCUCUCACACACCCGCGCCAGCGAGGUCAUCGAUGCUCUCCUCCGCAAGUUCACCGUCGUCGACAACCCCCGCAAGUUCGCCCUCUUCGAGAGGUCCGAGAAGGAUGAGCAAGUGUACCUGCGGAAGCUGGCUGACGAGGAGCAGCCCCUGCGGCUGCGGCUGCUGGCUGGCCCCAGCGAGAAGGUGCUGAGCUUCGUCCUGAAGGAGAAUGAGACUGGGGAGGUGAACCCCCGUGUGCCCUCAGUGGGACGCCUUCACACUGCCGGAGCUGCACAACUUCCUGCGCAUCCUGCAGCGGGAGGAGGAGGAGCAUGUGCGCCGGCUGCGGCACCGCUACGCCCGCUGCCGACAGAAGAUGCAGGAGGCUCUGGCCGCGUACACACCAGGGUGACCGUGCCGGCUGCGCUGGUGGUCAGGCAGCAUACUGGGACCCUCGCCCGCCGGCGGGUGGGGGCACCGGGAGGGGGGUGGAGUGGGGCACCCCGGGACCCACCGUCGCAGCCCCCAUGGGGCUGGCCCAGGGAGUGGGUGUCCCCAGGGGAAUGGGUGUCCCCAGGGGAGUAGGUGUCCCCGGGGGAAAAUGGGUGUCCCUGCGGGGGAGCAAGUGUCCCUGGGGGGAAGCAGGGCGUCGAGCACCAAUAAAAGCAUCUUGGUGACGAG